AUGGGUUCAGAAUUCCUAAGGAAGAGCAGUAGUGUGGGAACACAGGCAGCUCUGGGGACCAGCCUCCCUGGGCCUUGUAUGUGUGACUGUAUGAGCCGCUGGUCCCACCUCAGUGUGGGGGCCAUGAUGCUCUGGGUGGAGGGGGAACAGCUCUCCAUUCUUCCAAUUUCUCACACCAACCAUGCAUGGAACUCCAAUGUCCUGGCUGCUCAGAAUCCCCAACACCCAAGUGUUGGAUUACUGAGUCGUGUUCCUGGAUUCCUGGAUGAACAGACUCUCAGUGCUGCUGUUGUGGCCAUUAGGAGCUGCAGCCCUGAAUGCCGGAGCCAUCGCUCCCCUUCUCUCCUCUUGGAUCCCCAGCUGUCAGAUGGCUUCACCCAUUUUUUGAGCCUUCUGACCAUGAUCUCCAUCCCCACUGCUUCUGCCCCCACAGCCUGUGCUCGCUGGUGCCCUCCGAACCCUCCAUGUAUCAAUGCCAAUGCCUGUCGCUGCUUUCCAGGAUUCAGUUCUUUAUCUCCAGAUGUCGUCACUGGCCCCUUGAAGAAUUGUGAAGAAAUCAACAAGUGUGAACCACCUUGGAGAGUGUCCUGUGGAAUAUAUAUAGACUGCCAGGACCGAUGGAAAAGCUACUGCAGGUGCACCCCAGGACAGGAGCUUGUUUCUAAGGAAAUGUUCACCAAUGAGACUGACGAAAUGUGUGAUGAAUUCUGGAUGCUGUUGUUCUCAACAUUUGCAGCUACACUCCACAAACUUGCAGGCUCUCCCUCCACAUCCUGUGCUCAGCGGUGCCCUUGGAACUCCAUAUGUGCUGAUGCCAACUCCUGUCGCUGUGAUCCAGGAUUCAGGUCUUCGUCUGGGGAGGUCUUCAUCAACCCCUCGGAGAGCUGUGAAGACAUCAAUGAGUGUGAAACCCCCUCGACAGUGUCCUGUGGAAAAUUCGCGGAGUGCCACAACACGGAAGGGAGCUACUACUGCACAUGCAGCCCAGGAUACGAGCUUGUUUCUCGGCCAAUGUUAUUCUGGAAUGAAAAAGAGAACACAUGUAAAAUUGACAAGCCUGAGGGCAGCGCAGACAACCAGGACCCAGGAGAAUGUUGUGUCAAGCCUGAGCAGGGUGACACGGACCCACCACAAACAAACACAUCAACAGUCAGAACAACAGAGAAGGAUCCUGUCAGGACCAGAUGGCAACAGCGGGCAUCAUCAGAUACCAUUGCCCCAGGCCCAAACCUCUCCCAAGGAGGUCAAUCCAGGCCUCAUGGGGGCCCAGAACACUGGGGGACAGAAGACAGGCACCUCCUCAGGGGGUCCACAGUGUUGCCUGCAGGGACCUUCCACACCUGGAAUCCACCCCGUGAAAUCAAGAGCCAGCGUCUCAAUGGCUUCUUCGAAGGAGUCCAGAAUCUGAGAAGAAACUUCAGGUCAGCCUCGGCCGGGAACACCAUCCACAACCUCAUGCAGGGGGUGGAUGUUCUGCUGGAGACCCCAGGGGACCUGGAGAACCUGCCCCGCUCAGAGCAGCACCUUGUGGCCUCUAACUUGCUCUUUGGCCUGGAGGAUGUCCUGAGAGGGCUGAGUACUUCCCUGUCCAAUGGGUCAUUGACCUUCAAUUCACCUGCAGGCACAGAACUGUCCGUGGAGGUGCUGGAACAAGGAGACAGGAGUAUCACCUUGAGUCAGAAUCAGGCAAAGAUGCUGCUGAACUGGGAUAUGGUGCAGGAAUCUGGUGACUCAGGCCCUUUUGUGGUGGGCCUUGUCUCCACACCAGGGAUGGGUAAGUUGCUGGCUGAGGCCCCCCUGGUCCUGGAGCCUGAGAAGCGAGCAGUUGUACAUGAGACACACAAGGACUUGCUGCAGGUAGUCUCCCCUGUCCUGCUCUCAGAUGUCGUCACCGCCUUUAUGAGCAACAAUGACACCCAGAACCUCAGCUUCCGAGUCACCUUCAUCUUUAACCACUCAGUGACCCCUGGGCCAAGGCAGAGGGUAUUCUGUGUCUUCUGGGAGCAUGGCCAGAAUGGAAGUGGUCAUUGGGCCACCACAGGCUGCAGGGUGGUGGACACCAGAGACACCAGCACCACCUGCCACUGCACCCAUCUCAGCAGCUUCGCCGUCCUCAUGGCCCACUAUGACAUGCAGGAGGAGGACCCCGUACUGGCUGUGAUCACCUACAUAGGGCUGAGCCUCUCUCUGCUGUGCCUCCUCCUGGCGGCCCUCACCUUCCUGCUGUGCAGAACCAUCCAGAACACCAGCACCUCGCUCCACCUGCAGCUCUCCCUCUGCCUCCUCCUGGCCCACCUCCUCUUCCUCACGGCCAUCGACCGAACCGAGAUCAAGGUGCUGUGCGCCCUCAUCGCAGGUGCCUUACACUAUCUCUACCUGGCCUCCUUCACCUGGAUGCUGCUGGAGGGCCUGCACCUCUUCCUCACUGCUCGCAACCUGAUGGUGGUCAACUACACCAGCGCGAGCAGGUUCAUGAGGAAGUUCAUGUUCCCUGUGGGCUACGGGGUCCCGGCUGUGAUUGUGGCCAUUUCUGCAGCGUCCAGGCCUCACCUUUAUGGAACACCCGCCCGAUGCUGGCUCCACACAAAUGAAGGAUUUAUAUGGGCCUUCCUUGGUCCCGUCUGUACCAUCUUCUCUAUCAAUUUGGCUUUCUUUCUGAUGACCUUCUGGAUCGUGAAAAACAAGCUCUCCUCACUCAACAGCGAUGUGUCCACCCUCCAGAACACGAGGAUGCUGACAUGUAAAGCCACAGCUCAGCUCUUCAUCCUGGGCUGCACCUGGUGUCUGGGAAUCCUGCAGGUGGGUCCAGCCGCCCAUGUCAUGGCCUACCUCUUCACCAUCAUCAACAGCUUGCAGGGCGUCUUCAUCUUCCUGGUGUACUGUCUCCUCAGCCAGCAGGUCCGGGAGCAAUAUAGAAAAUGGUGCAAAGGGGUCAGGAAAACCAAAGUGGAGUCUGAGAAGUACACGCUCUCUAGCAGGCCAAUGUCUGAGGCCUCCAGACACAGUGUGGAGAAUUAAAUUAACA